AUGUGUAUAACAAGGCUGGAGAGUCAAGGCUCCCCUUUCAACAGAGCGGAGGUGAAAUCGCUUUGCGUCUCCAAAGACACUUUCCCCUCCUUCGACAACCGGACCAGGAAAGAGAUGCUGAUCUCGCUGUACAAGAUCUUCACCUUUUUCAACGCCUCUCUGGGCAACAUCACCAGGGACCAGGAGAACAACGACAGGAAGGACCUUCUGGAACGGCUCACCAACACCACCGCCAAGACGCGAGGCCUCCUAGCCAACCUCACCUGCCUGCUGUGCUCCGAGUACAAAGUCACCGACGUGAAGGUUACCUACGGCUCGGAAGAAACGGGCGCAUUUGAGAAGAAGAAGCAGGGCUGCUGGGCUCUCAGGAUGUACGCAGAGACCAUCCCACUCAUCGCUCAGGCGCUGGGGAAAUGCCACAGGCAGAGAUGA